AACGAGAGUGGGCGGGGCAUUGCUCUCUUUCCUUUGAGCAGACGCGGAGGGCGGGGCUUUGCAGAGUCUCCUUGCUCACCUGCGGCUUGGACUCGCAGACUGUUUCUGUACUUUUGCGAUACUUUCUGUUGGGAGUUUGUACAAGGGAAAUUGGGAAUCAUUUGACUGCAAGACUCCGGGACUGAGUGAAUGCAGGGCGUUUUCAGCUCUUACUGAAAAGCUCGCCAUGGAAUGGAAUGAAAAUCCAGAGGUAUCUUGUGACUUAGCAUAUUCUGAAGCGCAAAGGUGGAUUGAGGAAGUCACUGGUAAAAACUUUGGAAACAAGGAUUUUCGCUCAGCUCUUGAAAAUGGGGUUCUGUUUUGUGACCUGAUUAACAAGAUUAAACCUGGAAUCAUCAAAAAAAUCAAUCGCUUAUCCACACCCAUCGCUGGCCUGGAUAAUAUCAACGUCUUUCUGCGAGCCUGUGAGACACUUGGAUUAAAAGAAGCGCAACUUUUUCACCCUGGGGAUCUUCAGGAUUUAUCGUCUCGAGUCACAGUUCGGCCAGAAGAGACUGACAGAAGAUUAAAAAAUGUUCUGAUUACUUUGUAUUGGCUUGGAAGGAAAGCACAAAGUGAUUCAUAUUAUAAUGGUCCUUACCUGAAUCUAAAGGCUUUUGAAGGAUUAUUGGGGCAAACAUUGAUUAAGGCACUUGAGGAAUCCACCAGCUCCAAACGAAGUGGCAGAGAUAGUGGUUGUAGUGAUUUGUGGUACAGUGAACAAAGAGACAGUCUUACGUCACCCCCUAUACAUAAAAGAGACGACUCCUGGGACAGUUUGGACUCUUUUGGUUCCAAGUCUUAUACAAGUUUCUCAUCAGACACAACCAUUAAAGGGAGCAGUGAAGGUGGAGAAAGUGAGACAGAAUCUGAACUUACCGACAAAAUGCAGGACAGCAGCAAAGACGACAUGUCCUACCGUAGGUUGUCAGCGAUGGAGCCUAAAGCGACCACAACUUUUAAUAAGUUUCUACCAAAUAAAGUCAAACAGUUCAAUUACAUGCCAGCACCGCUCAGAAAAAAGCGUAUAGACAAAAAUGAGGACAACAGGAGGAGCUGGGCAAGCCCAGUUUUCACUGAGCCAGAUGGAACAUUUUCCAGCAAUUCGGACUCUGAGGAUGAUGGGCCACUGCCGGAUUUGGUGCUUGAUGAUUUUGCACAGAGAAAAUUUCAUUUAAACAACAAGUCACCUAUUUCUACCACCUCUGGUCAUUUUUUAAAAUGUCAAAAUCACCUUUUAAGUAAGGUUAUGCCACCCACCUCUCAGACACUGCCACACAGCCAAGACCAGAAAACUGAUGGACAGAAGCAAACUAAAACUGUGUUAAAGGAUUCCUUUGAAUACUCCAGUCUGACAUCAGAUGAAGAUGACGACUUUACAAGAGAUGUUCCAAAUAUUGUGAAUGAUGAUUUAUAUGUAAGAAAAGUUGGCGUGCCUGCUCCUCAGUCCAAGACUUCAUUUGAUAUGUUUUUGCCCAAUUUCUCUGCACAAGAGGAUGAUCAACUUAGAAAGCAAAUUCGAAAAGGAAUGUGUUCAAGACCCUGGUACAAUGAGUUUCAGGGUUUCAGUAAGAAUUCUGCGCAGAAUUUCAGCUUUCUGUUGACAUCUGGCCAUGGGUCAGCUUUGACGGAAAAUGUUGAUUCAGCAUUGAACAGAGAUCCUGUUUCACAGUCCUCCUCAUGCACAAAAAAGGACAUGGAUGACACAGAUGCAUCCGAAAAACCAAGUCAAUUUUUAUUACUUCAGGCGCUACAAAAGAUGUCAUAUGAUGCCUUGACAUCUAAAACAAAAAGUGACCCUACAUCUGGUCCUAGAGUUGUUACUUCCUGUCAGAAGCCAAGCAAUCAGAAUGAAGACACCAUGGAAAUGUUGCCCAAUCUACAAAAUGAUGAUUUUUUUACACGGAAAACCAGAACCUUUCAUCUCAAUCAAGUUAUCAACCUUGGGACUCCUUUAGUUCGUGUCUGUGAGAUAGAAAAAGAUAUUAUAUGUCAAUCAAAGCUGGAGGAUUCAGAACUUCCAGAUUUAGUGAAGGAUGAUAUGACGAUACGCAGAGUUCAGAAUGAACCAAAGGAAAUACAUUUAUCAGGUGCUCCGGACAAUUACCACCCUGUGCCUUUUCCAGAGCCAUGGACUCUACCAGAAAAUAUACAAUCCAAAUUCCUUUGCACUGUGACUAAAAAGCAAGAAUCUGCUAAAGAGGAUAAGUGUGGCGGUGUGAUAAAAAUGUCUGACAAACUGAAGAAAGAUGAUAUGUUGACUAGGAAAGUAAACUUGUGUCAGACUUCCAAUUCUUUAACACCAAAAAGUUUUAUUCCUGGGCCCUGCAAUGACAAGGACUUCAAAAAGUGGGAAUGGAUUAGGGAGGCCAGCAAAGCAAGGCAUAAGAAAAGACUGCUGGUUGAAAGACUUAAGGAAAAGCUAUCCAUUAACUCAGGGAGCAAGUCAUUGGAAGCAAUCACCGCAGAUGAGCUGAUUAGCAACAGACAAGUUCGCUUUGAAGAAUUGCAGAAGAUAAGAACUCAGCUACAGGACCAGGAUCAGAAGUGGCAGGAUGAUUUAGCAAAAUGGAAGAGUCGACGGAAAAGCUUCACUUCAGAUAUGCAGAAGAAGAAAGAAGAGAGAGAAGAGUUGGAAAAGAUAUCAUAUGAAAGUCCAGAGCGAACAUACAAAACAUUCCGAGAGAUGCAACAGGAGAGGGAAACCCGAAAUCAAGAUAAUUAUUACAUGAGCAAAGAAAGUUCAGAAGACAGGAAAAUGUACUCUUCCAAUGAUGAUGUUUUUGGUGAUGCACCUUCAAAGCGUAUGCUGGAAAGAAGCUAUACUGUUGCAGUAGAAGCCCCCUAUUCCAUGGGUAAGGGCACAUCCAGUGUCCAAAACAAGGAAAACGACAGAGGUGUAAUAUCCGAACUGCUUCCAACAUCUAAUUCUACAUUUGAAACAGAUGGAACUUACUCUUCAAAGGCAAAUACCAGUUACGUCGAGCAGGGCCCAGAAAAUUCUAAUACCAAAACAUCCAGAUCGCUAUUUGAAAGAACUUACACAGUGGAAUCCGGCGCACCUUACAGCAAUAAGAAAGAAACAAUUCAUUCCAUCACAAGUUAUGAAAAGCAAGACAAUGGCCCACCUAUGAAUUCCAGUAGCCUGCUAGGCGAGCAGCAUUCUUACAGCUCCUUUGUUACAGAAAGUAAACCUAUUCCAGGUUUAGCUUCUUUGCCAAGGAGUUACCAGAAAAAUGAUACUUCAAGAAUAACGUCAGUAGUUACCCCCAGGCCAUUUGGAAUCCAGUCAAAGGGAAUCACGUCACUUCCUAGAUCUUUCACAGUAGACGAUUCUUUUAAGUACAAUGGGGAUCUUGGUUCAACAAAGAAUAAUUCAGCAUUUAACUCCUACAUUAAAGUUGAGGAGAAACCCAACAGAAUUAAACGGAGUGAAGAGAAUGAUGAGCCAGAUGAAAAGGAAAGCAUUAGAAGAAGUCAUUCACCUAAACCAUUCCCUGGGGUCAGUGCCGCUCCAGAGAAACGUAUUAUUUCAGAAUCCGUUAAUGUCACAUCUUCUGCAAGAGGGGUAGAUCAAACCAAGGUUCCAGGGCCUCUGGACCAGUACAGCGACCUGCGAAUCAGCAUUAACCAGAAACCUGGAAGCAGCCUUGACUUUGGGUUUAAAACAAGCUGGAACAGUUCUGGGGUCUUUGUAAAGUCUGUUGAUAUAGGGAGUCCAGCAGAAUUUUGUCAGCUACAUGUAGACGAUGAAAUUCUAUCUGUCAACGGAACAAAGGUUUCAUCAAUGGACUACAACCAGUGGGUGGAAGCAAUGGAUCAUGCUGUAGAAACUGGAAACCUAGCUAUGGAUGUCAGGCGAUAUGGCAAGAAUGACUGGGGCAGAGACCCACCUUCCCUGCCAUACAAAAGCCAUAAAACCCUCAAUCUGACCAGUAUGGAUACAAAACUUAUAGGUUCUCCUGAAAAUAAAUGGAUUGAUGCAAGCAGAUCACAAAGCACUUCUUUGAAAAAAGAUGUCCCCGACUCUGGAAAUGCAAGGAGUCAGUUAAAUGGCAUCCAGGAUUCUACACCGAAAGAAUCUGAAUCUAUUUCUUUGAAAAAUUAUAAAAGAAGGUCACAGUUUUUUGAGCAAGGAAGUUCGGAUUCUUCAUUACUUGAUAUGCCCGUACCUUCAAUUAAUGUUUCCACACGCCGGUCUUGGGAUCCAGAAGAUGAAAGGAAACGUCAGGAAAAGUGGCUUCAGGAACAAGAACAAAUUCUGCAGGAAAAAUACAAGCGCGAGCAAGAACAACUAAGAGAAGAGUGGGAACGUGCUCAACAGGAAGCAGAAAAGGAAAGAUUUCACCAAAUUCAGCAAGAACAGGUCCAUUCCAGCUUGCCCAUAACAUCACAGUCAUCAUACUGGAAAACAUUUGGCUCUGAUUUGCACAGCAGUGAAGAGGAAAAUAGACAGAAAGAAAGUUCAGAAGAGGAACUAGAAAGUGAGAGACAAUGGAAAAGAGCAGAAGAGGAAAGGUUGAAAUAUUUGGAAGCUCAACGUCAUCAUGAGGUAGAGGAACAAAGACGUCAGUUGGAGGAAGAAACUAACCGCCGCCAGACAGAGGAAGAAAACCGUCGUCGUCAGGCAGAGGAAGAAAACCGUCGUCGGCAGGCAGAGGAAAAUGAAAGAAAACGUCAAGAGGAGGAAAGGAAGAGAAAGGAAGAAGAAAUGCGUCUUCAGAGAGCUGCUGAAGAAGAAAGGCAUCAAAAGAAACUCCAGGAAGAGGAACAGAAACAAAAUGCUUCUGAAAGAAUUUAUGGAAGGAAUAAUGUUGGUUUGGAAUCUGAUGAUUAUCAUACCCCAGGCAAUGGAAUAUCUGGGAGGCCGAAGUAUGGCUUAGCCCACUGGCUAAUUGAAGAUGAACAAAAAAGAAAAAACACGAAGUUCUCUCAAAGCAGUGUGCCAUCAGAAUUGGAGGCCAAGAGAAAACAAAUAUUUAAUCAGAUGAAAUACCCUGAGCGUUACAGAGGAGAUCACACUGAUUCUGGCACCAGUGAGGACACAGGAAAUGUGCAACAACGACCAUACAGGGAACAAUUGCAAGGUUCAGCAGAAGUUGAGAGGCAGCGGAUCAUUCAGGAAAUGAGGAAAAAGGCACCACUCAAUAAUGACAACAGCUGGAUUAGGCAGCGCAGUUCUAGUAUGACAAAGGAAGCAUCAACCCUUCCUAACUAUAUGAGAAGAGGGGAAUCUUUAGAUAACCUUGACUCCACCUCAGGUUUGCAAAGGGUGUCGCCUUGGGCAAAUCAGUCCUCAUCUUAUAACUCGUUGUCAUCGAGUCAAGACUUCAGCCGACCAUCCCAGGUUGUUUCCACAUCUAAUCGUACCUUUUUGCGCAACUCAUCCAAUAGUUUGCCACAGUCUGCUGCUGGCCCCUCUAAGAGUGCCUCUCUUCCCCAGUCUUCUGCAGUGUCCCAAACAUCCAAUCAGCAACGCAACAAGUCAGUGAGUGGGAAGAAAUUGUGCUCUUACUGUAAUAACAGUCUGGGCAAAGGAGCGGCCAUGAUCAUCGAAUCUCUUGGUCUUUGUUUUCACUUACAUUGUUUUAAGUGCGUUGCAUGUGAGACCGACCUUGGAGGUUCAGAAUCUGGAGCUGAAGUCCGAAUCCGUAACAGUGAGCUGUACUGCAACAGCUGCUACAUCAAAUUCAAAAUGGGACAGCCAACCUCUAUGUGAAGGCACUGUCAGCCCAGAGCCGCUUGAAGAUGUAUCAGAAGAGGAAGGAUCUGAUGAGGAUAUGAAUGUGUAGCUGCAAAGAUGGGAUUGUGUUUUUAAACAUCUAUUGUUGACAUAGUAAGGCCUAGCAAUCUUGUAUUUUUGUAUUGCCUCUUGCAUUGGACCUUUCCCUCUGAGAUAUUUAUGAAAAGGUAAUCAAAUCUGCAAUAUUAUAUUUUCAGUGUUCUGAAUGCAGUAUGUAAAAAUAAAGUCUCUAUUUGUUUUUUCUAAAUAUUUUUGAAUCUUUCAGCUUUUCCACAUUUUUUUGGCAUCUGAAGAGAUUUUGUGGAAAAAUAAACCUAAUAUUUAAGAAACAAUGUUGCAAAAUAAUUAUAGAUUUUACUAUUGCCGUCUAUAGAACAAAGUGAAAUCAAAUGCACUCAACCUUUAAUGUUUUUUUGUUACUUCUCUCCACACGUAUUUAAGUUUGCUAAGCAUUAUGUAAGUACAGUAUACAUGCUUCGAGGUGAAGGCUGUACAUACUCUUCACUUUACAGUAUUGAGUUCUCUUUCCAGGAAUCUAGAACUGAAAGAUCCUGCUGACUGCUAUUCCAAAAAUGAUUACUGAAAAUGCUUUUUUUCCUCAAGGUAUUCGUUAAGAAAAUAUUUACUGUUUUUCCUUUGUUUUGUAAAUAAAAAUGUAUUUUGACUGCA